AUGGCACCCGUCAAGAGGAAAUCCCAAGCUGCAAACGCGAAGAAGCCAGUGUCGAACAAGAAAAGAGGAAAAGCAGAGCCUUUGCUCGGAGCAGCGUGGUCAGCAUUCCUCCAACAUCUCGCCAAUGUUGGACCUACGUGGACGCUCAUUGCCAUGUGCUUGGCACAUUUAUUGUGUUGCCGUAUCACGGAAGUCUUACGAUUGCAGCUUCAGGACAUCCACUGGGAAACCAAGAAGAUUCGGAUUCGGGAACUCAAGGGGCAUGCAGAGAUGCUAAAGCCCUUAUCCCGAGCCGCAGUCUUGUUCCUGGAGAAGCUCAAGGCUGAAGGCGGUCGCAAGAUUUCUCGCACGAGGAUGUGGGGCAGCAGGGGUUUGGUGACUUUCAUGGAUUGCUGGAGGUUUCCACGGAAUGCUGAAGAUCACCUCUUUCCGGCUUCACGAAAGGACUGCGCCACACCCCACAGGAACAAAGAUGCCAUGGCCAAAAGUCUCCGGAAAUCUCGAAAGUCGUUCGUGCCUCCACCCGAAGCAGGCGCCGUUCAAGUAUCGAAGAUAAGGAGUCAUUCCGCUCGUCACAGAUGCAUCAACGACCUGAAGCAGAGCUGCACAGCGACAUCUACUGCUAUGCGUUUCUCCAGAAUCCGGUCUGCUCAGGUGUUCAACGGCUACGGUCAACAGUCAGACGACCAGAUUGCAGACGCCUUGCAAUCUGACGAGGGCCUUCAGCAGCUGUGGCUUGACAUCUACUCAUGA